UAAGAGGGAUGGUUCCCUUUAAGCUGCAUCCUUUGGCACCCAUGACAGACUGGGAGGUACAAGACUUAAACCCCGGAUCAAACCCCACCCUCCUCCUCCCGACGCGAUGCUCCGCUGCGCUGCGAGAAUGGCGGCAAUCUUUCGGAAAUCUCCGCUCCCGUUUGAAACCCUCUCUCUCCCCAACAAACCCAUGUCUCGCCUCCCCAAUCCGACCCCAAUCUCUUCGAUUUUGGGUCGGAGAAGCCAUUCGGGCGUCCGAUUUCCAUGCUAUUCCCUCCAAUCCUUGCCCAAUUCUACAUCUGGUGGUGGUUUACGGGAUAUGGGUCGUCUUGGUUUUGGAUUUGGGCCAAAAGAUUUGGAUUUUGUUCGGGUUCGAGUGGUUUCGGUUGGUGGUUCCGGUUCCACCGGUGAGGGUGGUGGCUAUAGGGGGUGGGGGAAUGGGGGCUCCGGUGGUGGGGCUGGUAAUGAGAGGGGUGGGAAUGAUUGGUUCUUCUUCUCAUGGUACAUGAUGGCACUUGACAAAUAUCCAGUGACAACUAAAGCUAUAACAUCUGCAUUUCUGACUCUCAUUGGUGAUUUAAUUUGUCAGCUUUUGAUCGAUCAGGUGUCAAAAUUGGAUUUUAGGCGAACAUUUGUGUUCACUCUUUUGGGACUUGUGUUGGUGGGUCCCACAUUGCAUUUUUGGUACUUGUAUCUAAGUAGACUGGUGACGGUGCCUGGAGCAUCAGGUGCAUUCUUACGCCUUUUGCUUGAUCAGUUUGUAUUCUCUCCCAUCUUCAUAGGACUUGUCUUAACUUUACUUGUCACUUUAGAGGGAAGGCCUUCUCAUAUAAAGCCAAAGCUUCAGCAGGAGUGGUUUUCAUCAGUUGUAGCAAACUGGCAGUUGUGGAUCCCUUUCCAAUUUCUUAACUUUCGAUUUGUUCCACAGAAGUUUCAGGUUCUUGCUGCGAACUUUGUGGCUCUUGCGUGGAAUGUGAUCCUGUCAUUUAAAGCUCACAAAGAAGUUGUAUUGAAAUAGGUAUUGAUGGAGCUUGGAUAGAGUGUUCAAUGUAUCAUUAAGUAUGAUGCUUGACAUGAAUUUGAUGUCGGUGAAACUAGUAACCAGCAUGAUCAGGCAGCUUCCUUGUCAAAAAAGAAGAGGGGGAACCCAAUAACUGAUGCAUUGAUUUCUUGUCCCAAUAAAUUGUAACUGACGCCUUGGUUGCAGGAAGGACAAAAUUCCUAUAUUCAAACUGCUUUCAUCUCUUUUGUACACUCUGAGAGAUAUUCCUGCUUCCAGUGAAGGCAAAUUGCUGCCCAUUGUUGCUUCUUUUGCCUGUGCUUUUGCUUUUUUCCCUUUUGUAGUCCAUUUCACAUUACGAGUUCAUCAAAAUAGAAAGUAAUAAGAAGAGACUAGUUCUUUUAGUGCACAAUUUUUGCUUUGGAAACGGGCAGCAGGCCGAAGUAUAUGCACAAGUCAUCCGGUCCAAUUCCAAAGACCAGUUUGGCAUGUUCUAAAAUUUUGCUACCUGUAGGACAAAAUUUUUGUCUGAUAUCAAAUAGCAAUUUGCUUGGAAGCAUAUGU